GUGUCAGUAAAAAAAGGCCUUGAUCCCGCAGUGGAGUUGAGCUGUAGUACCGUCAUCAUGUUGCAAGUGUGGAAUGCUAUACAGCAGGUCUACAAAGGCACGUUAUCUGUGGUGUCAAGAACUAAGGGUAUUCACACAACAGCUGCCCACAGUUGUCCCAUCCCUAUCAACGACCUGCACAGAGUCAGUCCUGGCAGGUACACAGAGAAGGAGCGGGAAGAGCGCUGCAAACUUGCUGCCCUGUACAGACUUGUACACCAGGAGGGAUGGACACAGUACAUAUACAACCACAUCACUGCCCAGGUUGGUGAGGAGAAUCACUUUCUACUCAACCCCUUUGGUCUUCUCUAUGAAGAGGUCACAGCUUCAAAUCUAGUCAAGGUCAACCUGGAGGGAGAGGUCAUUGACCCUGGCACGACCCAGCUUGGUGUGAACUUGGCUGGGUACCUGUUACACUCUGCCAUCCAUGCUGCACGACAUGAUGUCAAGUGUGUGGUACACAUCCACUCUCCUUAUGCUGCUGCUGUGUCGACAAUGAAGUGUGGUCUGUUGCCCAUGAGUCAGGAAGCCCUUAUACUGGGAGAGAUCUCUUACCAUCCUUACAGUGGUGUUCUGGUGGACCAAACUGAGAGGGAGGCCAUUGCAAAGAAUCUGGGACCCAAAAACAAAGUGAUGAUGUUACAGAACCAUGGAAUGGUUGCUUGUGGGGAGACCAUAGAAGAGGCAUGGGUGUAUACCUAUGGUACCAUUCAUGCCUGUGAAAUCCAGGUGCAAGCCAUGGGUGCUGGCAUGGACAAUCUACUUGUGCAGGAUGGGAAGCACUUGUGGGAGAGAACAGCCGCACUAAGCUCGUCUGAAGCAGUGUCUCAUCAGUCACGCACCCAGCUAAAGUGGGCACCGGGCCAGUUGGAGUUUGAGGCAAUGAUGAGAAAACUGGACCGACAGGGUCACCAGACAGGCUAUCCCUACCAGCUACCUGAUGUCUAUGCCACAGCCAAUUAGCAGAAAUUCAUGAAAUCUAUGGCGGCAUGUAUGGUCCAAUGGUUAGCAACCCAGCCUUUAAUCCCAAAGGUCAGAGGGUUGAAUCCUGUUAUUCCUCACUCCAUCUGUACACUUCUGAAAAGAUUAUACUUGAGAUGGGAGGCUAAACUUGCUGAGGAGAGCUUAGGGAAUUAAUCUAGUAAAAUGAUUAUACUAUACAUAACCUCAGUCUUUCUUGUCACAACCAGUGGAAGAUUAGCUGUUAAUGAGCUAAACUGUUGUUUAGUGAGCUAAACUGGCUCAAGGUGCCGUCUCCCGUUUUAUGAUAUUUUUAAUGAUAUUACCACAUAAGUACAGGAUACUACUGGUAGAGGGUGCUGCUGCAGUAAAGAAGUCAUGGGACUGGUGUUUUAAAGCAAGAAUCCAAAACCAGUGCAAAGCAAACAGCCCAAGUACAUCUGUUGUAUUGUUGCUUGAAUCUGUAACAUAUCAGCUACAUGUCUGCUUGUGACAAAUUAUUACUUAGAAGAUAUUAGUUAUGUCCUUGGUGCAAUCUACUAGUACCUAUCUACUCUCUUGAUGCUUGUACAUACAUGUAUAUACCAUGCAGUAACUGUUCAGUUCAGUUUAAACUGAUAUAUUAAUUGUUAAUUUUACUAUGCAUUAAUUUUUUAUACAAAUCAUAAUGUUUCAAAAGAUUUGAACUGUUCCACUUCAAAUCUGCUGAAAGGACCUUACAGUAUUCAUAUAUGAACAUCCUUCUCAUGAUUCUGAAGUCAACACAUUGACUAAAUGCUUGCUUCUUUUAUAAGUAGUUCUGUUUUUUUUUUACACAUUUGGUGUACAAUACCGGUAAGGUUAAAGAGAUAAGACCCAUUCUCUUUAUUAUUAUUAGUCUAAGAGUAAAACUGACCCUUUCGAAACUAACCUAAACUGUGUUAAUUUUUUUCAGUGUACUGUAUUCUGUUAUGAGCACUGAUUCAUUUUGAAGUAAUGUGAAGCAUCUAUCAUUGCAUAAGAAGGGUGGAUACUUUGAUCUUCCCAUCCAUGGAGCCUGUCACACAGGUCCCACAAUUCAUCGCGGUACACCAGUCCACACUGACCACAGGUGACCUAUGACCUCCCAGAGAUAAGGUCUUGUUGAGGGUGGAAUCUCCCAACUGUAGGAACAUGGAAACAAUAUCAACAGUUCAUUUUUAUUGGUUGUAUAUUCUAAGUUGUCUGAUAAGUGAACUAUGUAAAUAAAUGGAAGAAAGUGAAUUGAAAA